CGGAAGGGGACUAUGACGACAACUCCACGAGGGAGGAAGAGCUGGCAGAGGCGGUAGCGCUCUUCUGAUCAGUCUGCUUCGAAGAGGAUGCUCACCCCUCCGCCCGAGGCGCAGCAACUGCGUGCCCGCGACACGCGGACAAAGAAGGCUGCCGUCGUCGAUCUGGGCGGCGAUGAUGACGAGCCCUUGGAGAAACGUCGCCUGUGCACUCUUGCACAAGGCACCCCAGCGCCGGCGGCGACGGCACGCGCUGCGGUGGACGAAAGGCAACUUACGGGGAGACAGCCCGCCACGCCGUCUCAGCCACGUCAGCGCAACCCGGGUGAUGACAGAGGGUCCGUCCAGCGCGGCGGCGGGGGGGAAGUCAUAGCAGACGCGCGCGCAGCUGGGGGCGAGCCAGCAACUGCUGCGGGUGCGGGUGCUUCAGGCGUUGUGGCCCCCAUUGCGAUGGCGAGAGAGGAGGCAACAGUUGUGGCGACGGCGAGAGAGGAGGCGCGUGGCGAGAACAAAAAUGAUCGGGACGGCGGCAAGCCCAGUUCAAGCUGCGCACGUAGGAGAUUGAUGACGAAAGACCUCAUCGAUCGUGUCGUGCUUUGGGUUGAUGACGAAGCUUUCUGGACGACGGGGGAGGGGCGAAGACUAUACAACAUCGUCCACAAAACGAGAGAGUACUUUGUCGCCAUCGCCAGCGGCCUUCCAGCACCUGUCGUCCCUCGGAGCGUCGUCCUGCCCAAAUCCAGCACGAAGGUAGCCAGGAUCACGGACCCAUCACACCUGCAGCAAGCGAUCUCCCGUGCGGCGGUAGUGGAGAACAUUGCCCUGCGCAUCUUGCACAACUAGGUAUUCAAGUCCGGGAACCGCCCAAGGGGAUACAAUUUGGCUUUCUAGU